AUGGGACCAUACACAGGACUCCCUGCCUUGCACAAAGAAGUAUUACCGGUUUUUUUGCUCUAUCUACAAGUUACUGGAGGCGCCCUCUUCUGUCAGCAAGCCCCUGCCCUAAGAUCUCUCUCUACGAGCCAGAAAAUCACAGCUGGUUUCAGAGUUCCCAUCACUCAUACUGUUGCUGCUGAUUUUUUGCUCCUUGGCUCUGACGUGCUUGCAACUAUUUCUAUCCAUCUCACAGCAACUUCAGUGUUACAGCUCUAUUUGGCAGGUCCAGGAGUUUCUUGGCACAGUGUCUCUCCAGGUUCCAAAGAUGAGUUCUCUCCUGACUCUUCUCAUAGUGAAAGAGAAUGUGGUGUUCCUAAUAUACCCCAAAAUGUAGAAGCUUGGCCCAAGAAAGACAAAUAUAAAGUUGGAGAUGUACUGAGUUUCUCCUGCAGACAGAAAUAUCCACUAAUUGGACCAAAUUCAAUUCAGUGCUACGACUUUGGAUGGUCUCCUAAAUUUCCACCAACAUGUAGAGCUGGGAAAGUAAAGUCUUGUGGUCCACCUCCUCAGCUCCCCAAUGGGGUAGUUAAGGAAGAAAAGAAAGGAAAAUAUGAACACAAUGAAGUGGUGGAAUAUGGUUGCAAUCCCAGGUUCCUGUUAAAGGGAUCUAGGAAAAUUCAAUGUGUUGAUGGAGGAUGGACACCUCUGCCUAUAUGUGUUGAGGAAGCCAGUACAUGUGGAGAAAUACCAAUACUCCAGAAUGGCUAUAGUUUGCCCUCUGACCCUCCCUAUCACCAUGGAGAAUCAGUGGAGUUCAGUUGCGCAGAAUCAUUUACAAUGGUUGGACACAGAUCAAUUACGUGUGUUCGUGGAAUGUGGACCCAACUUCCUCAGUGUGUUGCCACAGAACAACUUAAAAAGUGUCUUUUAUCAAGGACACGUAAAUUUGAAUCAAUCAUACCAGAUCAGACUGAAUUUGAUCAUAACAAAGAAGUAAGUUACAAAUGCAGAGAUAAAGCAGAAUCCAAACAAUUAACCUGCAUGAAUGGAAGGUGGGAUCCCCCACUAAACUGCACCUGUAAGGUCUUAAAAUUUUGCCCACCUCCACCUCAAAUUCCUAAUUCUGAAGGCAUGACAAUGACAGUGAAUUAUCAGGAUGGAGAAAAAAUAUCUAUUCUCUGCAAAGAAAAUUACAUAAUUCAGGAAGCAGAUGAAAUUGUGUGCAAAGAUGGAAGAUGGCAGUCAAUACCACGCUGUGUUGAAAAACUCCCAUGUUCUUCACCACCUCCUAUCGAACAUGGAAAAAUUAACUCACCUAGAUCUUUAGAAGAAAGGAAAGAAACAUCCAAACCUAGUAUCUACCCACAUGGCACAAAAUUAACUUAUGUCUGUGAAGAGGGGUUCACGCACUCUGACAAUGGUGGUAUAACAUGCUACAUGGGAAAAUGGAGUUCACCACCUCAGUGUGAAGGACUGCCUUGUAAGCCACCACCUUCAAUUUUUCACGGUGUUGUAUCUCAUGAGUCAGACACCUACCAACAUGGAGAAGAAGUGACAUACAACUGUACUCACAGUUUUGGCAUCGAUGGACCUGAAUCUAUAAAAUGCUUUGCAGGAAAAUGGCCUUCCCCAAAUACAGAAAUAAAUCUGUAUUUAUUUCACAGUAUAAAUACAGAUUGCUUUAAAUUACCCACAUUUCCUAACGCUAUACUCAAAAACCCAAAGAAAGAAUCAUAUAAGUCAGGAGAACAAGCGGAGUAUGAAUGUGAAAAAAGUUUCCAAUUAGAGGGCUCAAAUAUUGUAAAGUGUUUCAAGAGCAAAUGGGUAGGAAGUCCAAUAUGCAAAGAUAUUUUCUGUGGGAAUCCACCCAUAGUGAAAAAUGCUAAAAUUAUCUCAGAACAGAUGACUAGGUAUCCACAUGAAGAGAGAGUACGUUAUGAAUGUAAUGAGCCUUACUACCUGUAUGGAGAGGCAGAAGUGAUGUGUCUGAGAGGAACCUGGACAGAACCACCUCAGUGCAAAGAUUCAGAGGGAAAAUGUGGGCCCCCUCCUGCUAUUGAAAACGGGGACUUGACUUUAUUCCCAGCACCUGUAUAUGCUCAAGGAACAUCAGUGGAGUACCAGUGCCAGGCCUUCUAUGAACUUCAGGGUAACAGACAUAUAACAUGUAUGAAUGGAGAGUGGUCAGAACCACCAAAAUGCUUAGAUGCAUGUAUAAUAUCAGAAGAAGAGAUGGAAAAAUAUAAAAUACAGUUAAAAUGGAAAUAUGACAGAAAACUCUAUUCUAGAUCAUCUGAUACUGUUGAAUUUAAAUGUAAAUGGCCAUAUAGGGAAAUGACAUCCAGACACACUUUUCGAGCAACUUGUCGUGAAGGGAAGCUGGAGUAUCCCCGUUGUGGAUAA